UAGAGCUGAACGGGCACACUCCGUCAAUAUACAGCGAAGCGAAAAAAGUCGUGCGUGCGGGCGAACGCCACAAAAUAAUUAAACACUCCCCGAAUAACACAACUAAAUUAGUGCUGAACUAACCGCGAAUAGUAGUGAAACGCCGCGAUUUCAAUAAUAUCAAGCGAAAUGCAAUAAUCGUGCGUUUAAUUCAACAACCCGAGAAGCAGAGAAGCAAAGCAAAGCUCCGAGGCGUUGGCCAAAAAGAAGAAAAGCGAAAAAGAAACGCAGUGGAAAAGAGAGACGCGAAAGAAGAAGAAAAAAAAAAUGCAUACAGCAGGAGUGGUGGCGAUUUUUUAAUCAAAGUAGGCAACUUAAGCUGGUGUUUUCGUUUAGGGGGAACCUAAACUAAAACUAGGACUCGAAAAUAGGAAAUAAAGAAAAUUCUAUUAAAUUCCUGCACCGUAAGCAAGCGAACGAACUAAACAUUCCAGUUAAGUGAACAUGUUUGUGGCCAGCAUAAAACCAUAAAAUCUGCCGAGCACAUUUUCCCCCGCUGGUGAAAAACUCGCAUACAUAUACACACCCAUAUAUAUAAUAAACACACACACAAGCAGGCAAGAAAAUUGCGUGAAAAACCAUGUCCAGCUGGGCCGAACGCGUCCAUAGGCGUGCCGCGGAUUUGGGCAACGUGGUCACCUCCUGCGGCCACCCUGCCACCGCACCCGCUUAUCCGUAUCGCUUGGAAAAGGUCAAAUUUGGAGUGCCUUUGGAGGAGGUAUGCAAGCAUAACAACAACAUUCCUGGACCGCUGCUCGUCCUGAUCCUCAAGCUAAAUAAGGAGUCACCGAAUCGACGGGAUGUAUUCCGUGCCCCAGGACACCAGGGGGCCAUGAAGAAGCUCAUACAUUUCCUGCAAGCGGGCCGAUUGGUCAACGUGGACAACUAUUCGGUAUUCACCAUUGCCAGUGUUUUAAAGAAGUUCCUGCGCAAGAUCCCCAAUGGAAUAUUCGGGCGCAGCGGCGAAAUGGAGCUGUUCGCCAUCAACGAUCUGCAAAACGAAGCCGAGCAAACGGAGCGACUGCACAGACUCUUCGGUUCGCUGCCGAAAUAUACACAGCAUCUUUUAGUUUUACUGUUCGGGACAUUCCGGGUAAUCGCUAGCAAUGCGGCCCACGCCUCCACCGGAAUGACCAGCGAGGCGCUGGGCGUGUCCGUGGCCCCCAGUUUCUUUCAAUCCUGCGUCAGCGAUGGCAAGACCGCUCGCAUGGAAGAUGUGCUCAAGUUUAAGGUCUCAACGAAGAUCAUGCAGAAUAUAAUUGAUAAGUUUGCCACACAUGACAUUUUUGGGCGCGAUAAUUAUGAGUAUUAUGCCCGCGUCACUGGACGCAUUCUCAAGGUGCAGGACGAGUGGAUAUGCAGUUUCCAAUAUCCACCACCGCCACGUGGCAAGUUGGCUCAACAGAAAUAUGCAUUGCAACAUUCUUUGGAGGCGGAGAAGACCUGGUUGCAGUGCCAAUGCGAGCGUUGGGGCUUACUGGCCCAGGAGGAGUCCCGCUCGACACCAGCCCUGCUGACCAGUUCCAGUUCAGCGCUGGAGAACAGUGUCCUGUCACUGGGCGUUUCCCCGGAGCAUUCGUUCAUCGAGAGCUGUGCCCGUUUGUCGGUUUCGCUGGAGGGACCUGGCAUUUAUGCCAUGACCUCGUCCCCAUUGCCGGCGAAGAGGAACGGGAAUGGCAAUGGCAAUGCCACGGACUACGAUUACGAUGACUAUGCCGACGAUGAUGAGGACAACAACGAUGAGCUGGAUGGAGUGCAUGACUUUGGUGCCGAGUUGGAGAUCAGCAGUAUAGCUCCGCCGCAGGGAAGUCGCGGUAUUUAUCGGCCCAGGCAGCGAACCCAGCAGCCGCAUCACUACCAACAACAUCAGCAGCAGGUGCAGCUGCAGCACCAGCGGGACUACGAUGACGACGACGACGAUGACGAGGAUGAGAUGACUUUUGUGAAGCGACGCUAUCGGCAGAACAAAAAGAAGCCGGCAGCGCCGAGCAGCAGUCAUCAUCAGAGGCGAUUGCGCACGGGCACCAAGAGCCUCGAUGGAGGUGGAGAGAGACGUGCCGCCGCAUCGGGAUCAGCAGGAGGAUCCGGAGGAGGAGUAGGUGGUGCUUCGGGAUCAGGAGUUGGCAAUCCCACGCCACCCAAGCUCAAGCAGCGAACAUGCAGCCGCUGCAAUCGUGGCAUACGACACAGCAGCUCCUGCAGCUCCAAUUCGGCUGGAGCAACUGGCUCUAACUGUGGAGGAGGCAAUGGUUCGGGCGCCGGUAAUGGAGGAGGCGGCGAAGGUGUCAUGACCAUGGAGGAGCUGAGAGCCGUCAAUCGAUAUGCGGAGAGCACCAAGAGCCUCUCGUAUCUGCCACAGGUCCAUGAACGCCAAACCGCACGCAUGCGCACUCGCUCCGAGUGGUUCCUGGGUCCCCGGGAUGCGGUGGUCACGUUGCAAUUGCCAGCGGAUACGUGCAGCAAUUGUUGUUUGGCCGCUGCCGCUGGAUAUUUGGGAGGCGGCAGCACCAGAGACAUGCGGCAGGCACAAACGGAGGGAGAAAGGAAUCAGGCGGCGUUGCUGUAUCACUUUUAUCGCAGGCAGCAGCAGCAACAGCAACAGCAGCAGCAACAACGGGAGCAGCAGGAGCAACACUAUGACGACAUGAUGGACACCGAGGACAGCUACGGACAGCAGAAGGAGCAACAGGAGCAGCAACAGCAACAGAUACAUUCCAAGGGCCUCUUAAGGCCACCGCCCAUGCAACAUCAGCAGCAACAACAGCAACGUCGCCUGCUGCUGGACGUCAAUUCGGUUGGCAACAUCCGUUUGAGUAACAGCGCCGAGUCCAUUCAGUAUGCAGCCCGACGACCGGUCGCCAGUCUUGGCCUUAAUCCCAACCUUGGAGGCGCCACCAACACCACCCACAAUCCCACCACCCGACGGCUGCUCAUCAAUGUGCCGCGUCAGUAUCGAUCUUCGUUGCGGCGGAACAAGGAGAAGCAGAUCGGCGGCAAUAGUCAAAGCAACAGUAGCAAUAGCCUGGGCAGUGAUCAGUUGACCGGGAAUCCUGGAUCAAUUGGAGGAUCGGCCGGUGGUGUACCCGUUCUAAACAAACCUCUGCUGAUGGUGGGUCUUCUACCGGGUGCCGAGCAGCCACCGUCGGUAAGGAAUUCUAUUGCCGAGUGCGGCAUCUCAACGCCGGACGCAAUGGAUGUGGGUGUAGAGUGCAGCACCACGCUGAGCUUCAAGCCGCCGCGGCUGUAACAAGGACAACAACCCAUUGAAACGAAAGCUAAGGACAACCAGGACACCUCGGCAUAUAACUAUGUUAAGAUCUAACCAUUUUUUAAUACGUAUAUACAUACUUCCAACACAAGAAAUAACACACACAAAAAUUUGAGGUGUCAAAGAAAUCUGCUGAGGUUAUGAGUCGAAGGAGCUGGUUGUAAACGAUGCAGCGGUUAGCUUGCAUCUGCUUAACCAUUUUUAAGAAGUUCUCACUUAAAAGUUAAAUCUUAAGAGAUUUCCUUGACAUCCCAAAUAACAUCAAAUAUUAGGUUAUGGUAAACGAUAUAUGUAUUUAAUGUGUAUAGCAAGAAAAGGCUGAUUUUCUUUAGUUAAACAAACAAACAAAACAAAAACGAACGAAGAAAAACAAAAAAUAUUUACAAACUGAAAAAACUAACUAUAUUAUGCAACAAAUUGCCAAAUUUAUAUUCAGCAUUCAUUUCGUUGUGUGUAUUAGGUUGAUUUUACUUUAUGUUUUAGCCAAGAAUCUCUCAAACUUGAACAUUGUCAAGGUAAAAAUAAACGAAAUUUUCACCUGAUCGCAAACCGAAACAACGAUACAAAAAAAAAAAAAAAAACCCACAAGAAUUUCUUAACUCUGUAGCAUCUGAACAAUCCAAAACCAAUCGAUCGACUCUCUGUCUAUAUAAGAACCAUAAUAAAUGUUACGUCUAAGCUAUCCAAAUUUAACAUAAUCAAAUGAAUGUGGAGCUCUUUAAAUGCAAUCAUAGAUCCAAUUACAGAUAUACAUUCAUUUUUGAUACAGUCAAGUACAAAAGCAAAACAAAACAAAACAAAACAACAAGAAACCAAUCGAAAAUAUCUAAUAUAAAUUCUACAUUAUUCUUACAAAGAUACAAACAACAAAAACUUAGCAUUUAAUAACUAGUUAAGCGUUUUCAAAUUAUACUUGUAACUGCGAAAGGAAAUCAAUUUGUAAAUCGGAUGUUAUUUCAAUGAUGUUAUCGUUAAUAGUGCUAUGUGUACAUAUAUACGUUAAUGUCUAUGUGUCCAAGA